AUGUUUUCAUUCACUGCGUUUACGGCGCUCUUUGGUGCUGUAGUGGGAUUCUUUCUCUACGAUCCAAAAGCCAUACCCGGCCUGUGGCAUGCCCGGAUGAUUGCAAUCCUUGCAAAGCAUUUACUCUGGAAGGGUAAUCAAUCCCUCACGGAGACCUCAGCUAUCGGCCCACUCGCUCCUUCGACCAUAUUUCGCCCAAGACGCACUCACUCCUACUGCUCGAUCGCCGAAAUCGACUUGAAUAUGCACAAAUCAAACAGCACAUUUUAUGCAGACAUUGAUCUCAGUCGCAUCGAGCUCUUGGCUACAUUGUUCAAAGAUGCCAUUACGCCCCUCUCGCCCCGCGCCAGUUUGGCCCCCGAUAAUGCUUACAGUCGACGUAACCGGCGAAGACAACUCAUAGCCGCACUUGGAGGCAUAAACGGUGUCUUCCGUCGAGAAAUCAAACCAUACCAACGCUACGAACUUGUCUCACGUGUCCUAGCCUGGGACGAGAAAUGGAUAUACAUUGUUAGCUAUUUCUUGAAACCGAGUCAGGCAAAGAAAGACGCGGAGAUCACAGAUGAUCGCAUCCUCGCAUCGGCUGUUUCGAAGUAUGUUUUCAAACAAGGAAGACAGACAGUUGAGCCAGCUGAAGUCUUGACGAAUCUGGGACUCUUGGCAGGUGAUCAUGCAGCCCAGAGUGAUGCUGAUGAUUCUGCUGAUGUUCCUGCAUCUGCCCCUGAACAUCUACCUCUGCCUCGCCAAGAUCUAGUGGAUUACCCAAAUCACAGUGGCAGUGAGUCUGAUGAGUGGACCUGGAGCCAUGUGGAAGUGGAGAGGAAACGUGGUCUGGCGAUCGCAAAACACCUGGUCGGUUUGAAUGGGGUGUAG